AUGGGCGUAGAGAAGAACCCCCCGCACGUGGCGCUCAAACUGAGUGACGUUUUUACCGCAGAAAAGAAACCCGCAAGAGAGAACCCGCAGCACCAACAGAGCAGAAAACCAAACAAUGAAGAACUCACAGAAAAGUCGAGAAACAUACUGAACAAGUACAGAGUGACGCAAUUGAACAAUGGAGAAUUUAACAAAAUUUAUGUAAAGAAUAAAUUCUUCAAAGAUAGAGCAAGGGUGAAUAGACUAAGGCAACCAAAUUGGGAGGUAAAAGCUCUCCCCAAAGGAGGCGAUGACUCCACGAAUGGGGUCCCAACGAAGGAUGCGAAUGAAGAGGAUACAAACGAAAAAAUUGACACCUCGGUUAAAUUCUGUAGGAGAAAAAUUCACAAACAAAGCAACCUCCUUAUGUCGAAUGGGACAAUAGGGCUAGUUGUGCACAACGGAGUAAUGUGCUUGUCGAUGAAAGGGCAACAGUGUUUCGUCAUCACAAGUGCCAAAAACGCAUUUUAUGUCCUCGACCCACAUAAGCUUAGGAAGGCCUACACAUCCGAGCACUACCCAGAAGACAUACAAAAUUUGUAUUGCGCUAAUGGGUACGUCUACGUGAUUUUCCGAAAAAAGGUUUACAAGGUGAAUGAGUCUGGUGGGAAAAAAAUUUUCUCCUUGGAGGAUGACUUGCAUAGUAUUGUAAAUAUUUUGACUGUGUAUGAUUACCUGCUGACGUAUAGCAAAAAGGAGAUAGUUAUAUGGAAUGACGUGUACAAGGAGGGAUGCGAUAACGACGGUUUUGUUAGCGAUUCGUGUAGUGAGGUGGGGCAGGGUGACGAAUGGGGAGAAGAGAACCCUGAUGAGGAGAAAGCAGCGAAGGAGGGAGAAGUGAACCCUGAUGAGGAGAAAGCAGCGAAGGAGGGAGAAGUGAACCCAGAUGUGGAAAAAGCAGCGAAGGAGGGAGAAGACGCCCGCCUCUUGGGGGACCCACCCCUGAGUGGCUGCCCAAACGCAAAAAAGCACCUGUUCAAAAGGAUCCUCCUAUUUGAUGACCACUCCGAUGUCGAAAUACGCUCUGUCAUCCACCCCCCAGGGUACAUAAAUAAAGUGAUCAUCCUAACGAGUGAAAAUAAAAUUUAUCUCUACAACAUCAACAAGGAGAAAAUUAUCCACGAGUAUAGUGCUCUCCGGAGCGUCAACUUAAGAAGCGAAAAAAACAUAAAAAUUAUGACCUUAACAACGAAGAAGGAUGAACUGUGCAUCGUAACGUCAACCAAUGAGCUAUACAUAAUCAACACAGAGAGAGACGAACUGGUGUACUCAAAGAAUAUACACAUGAAUGAGGAUAAAAUUACCUGUGUGCAGUUCUACAAUUACACAUUUAAUGGUGAAAGUAUGUCAAUCAUUUUGGUAGGUACCGAGUUAGGGAAAAUUAUUAUGAUCGAUCCGAAUAGCAGUAACUACUUCAUUUUGCGAGAUGCUCACGAUUGUGUGAAGGCCAUAUUGAUACCUCCUCAAGGGGGAGGGUACCUAUUCACGGUGGGACAAAGAGACAACAAAAUCAAUCUGCUCAAUUUGCAUAAGUCUACGUUCACCUUGGAUGUCAUGAAGAGAAGAAACAGUUGUGUUGGACUCAUCAAUAAUGUAAAAUACCUAGACGAUGAAAAAUUUAAAAUAGUCGUUUCUGCAAAUGAGGUAAAUAAACGGGAAGGAAAUCUCUACAUCAUAAACCCACAUUGCCCUGAACAGAAUAAAGACUUUUCAUGGAACAAAAAAAUUAACCUCAUAGAUAGGACCAUCAUCGAUUUUGACAUUAAUCCCAAUAGGCACUACGAUUGGAAUAACAUCCUCGUGUGUGUGAAGAACUCUCACAGAGUUUACUUGGCUUCCUCCUACAAGAAAAUCAUAGACAACGUGUUUUUGGCCCUUCCCAGUGAUGUUAUCAGUGGGGCUUCCAAACAGCGCAUGCAGAGAAGGGGGAAGGAGGCAGCAAAGAAAAGAGGACAAGGAGUAGAAUCACAGGGAGAUAACCCCAACGCAGUGAGGGAGGGUCUCUUUGACUGGAUCCAUAACCUGUCAAAUCAUGCACAGGAAGGUACCAGCGAAUCGAAUGAGGAGAAGGAGAAGGAGUACAAAAUUAUUGAUGACUACAACCAAUAUGGAGAUUUAGAAGAAGAUGAAGGAGAAAUGGGAAUGAGAAGAAAAAACGCAACGAGUGUGUUGAUAUCUACAUGUGGACAUAUUGGCAUCGUGGGGUACAGUGAUGGAGAAAUUCAUUCCUUCAACAUACAAUCGGCAACGUACAGAAAUGAGUACAAGCUGAAUAAAUACUCUUUCAAAUCAAAGGCACAUCUAAAUGGAGAUAUUUUGAAGCUGUACCGAUAUGGUAUAAGCAAUUUCGUGUCCGCCUCAAACAGCAAGGAAGAUCUUUAUCUAAGGGUAUGGAAUAUAUACACAAGUGAGUUAGUAUACUCCUACUGUAUCAAAAAGGAGUACCUAAAUAGUGGUCAAUGUAAAAGGAAUCACAACAGUGAUGAUGUUACCAUCUCUUCCUUCUACCAUUUUAACAUCCUCACUGUGGUAUGCCUUUCAAAUAACCACACAGUUAUUCUAGACAUUGAGCAGAAAUCUAUAACCAGAAAAUUCGACUUCGCAUAUGCAGUUACCAAUGCUACUUUCAGUGCUGACAACAGAUUAAUUCUAUUCGCUCUAAAGAAUAGAACUCUACUACUGUAUGAAAUUAUAUCCAACACUUUUAUCGAUUACUUGUUAUUCAAAAGUGAUAUCACUUCCAUGUUGUAUAAUGACGUUUAUUUGUACACUGCACAUAGCGACGCGGAAAAUUAUCUCUACUCCUUUACUAAUAAAAAUCUAUUCAAUAGCAAUAACUACGUUGUUAAUGAUUAUCAGUCCUUUGGUGCCUUUCUCAUGGAGGAGUUGUCUGAUGAGGAAAGCACCCGCAAGUGCUCCGAACCAAGCGUGGGGAAACUCAUUGGGAUGGAUUGCAACGUGGAUGAUGAAUACCUGAAUGGCAGCGCCAAUCGAGCAGGGGACUCCUCAAGCGAGACCAACCAUAAGGGAACGCUCAAAUCGGCGCAGUCAAUCGAACCAUACAAAUCCAGCGAAAAACAAAUCAACAGAAAUUUACUCACCAUGUCGGGAUUUAGCAUGUCAAAGAUUGCCUAUAUCAUCUUCUUAGAUAAGAUAAAAGAAAAUUGCAGGGUACAAGAGAGCGUAAAAAAAAAUGAAGAAAUCCCCUUUUUCCUCAGCGCGCAGCUGGACAGAAAUAUAGAGUACGCAGAAGGGAAGGAACUGGAGUUUCUGCAAAAUAUCACCAGGGGGGAGGCUGACGCGGGGGAAGAGGCUGCGGAGCGGGAAGAGGUGGUUGACGAAGUGGUUAACGAAGUGGUUGACGAAGCGGUUGACGAAGUGGUAGACAAAGUGGCCGACGAAGUGGGAGAUAAAGGGGAUAACCAGGUGGACACCCCUGGCGAUGGCCACGCGAAGCCCAAAGCGAACCCCCGAAAAACGAAAAACAACAAAAACAGACACAUCACCAAGGUGGAUCAAAUUGAAAUGCCCAAAUCUAAGAUGCAGGAAAUGCUGGCCCAAAACGAGGACUCAUACAUCAACGUCUUGAAGUACCUGAUGGGACUCUCCCCAUCCGGGGUGCACUUCAACAUCCUCUGUUUGAGCUCCAAGGACGAGCUGGAAAAUAUGAUGAACUUUUUCAUUUAUCAUGUCAAAACGAACGACAAUAUCGACCUGAUUCAAGCAUACAUAUUCAUAUUUUUAAAAGCGCACGGCAAAAAGCUGCUGAAAACGAAAGACAAAAAACUUAGGAACACCACAGAGGUGUUGCUGCAGGAAAUACAAACGAGCUGGUCGAAUAUCAAUUUCUUAUUUGAAAGCGUUAUUUUUUUUAUCAAAUUUUUAACAAAUAUACAGAUGGAGUGA